AUGGAUACCAAAAAGUUGGACACUGGCUCGAGGGAUGCAAUCAGCUUCCUCCCUGACGAGAUUCUCAGUGACAUCUUGUCCUUACUUCCGAUGAAACAGGCUGUUUCAACGUCAGUUCUUUCUAAAAAAUGGAGAAAUAUAUUUAGAUUGGUGGAUUAUCUUGAUUUUGAUUAUUCUGUUUCUGUGCACCCGGAAAAGGGUGAACCAAAGAGAGGUGAGAGAUUCAAAGAAUAUUUGGAUCGAACACAAGGAGAUUCGCCCAUAAUUAAAUUCUCUCUAGAACGUCACGUUGGAGAUCACAACGAGAUGGCUUACGUGAGCAGCUGGGUUAGUGACGCAGUAGAACACGGUGUUUUGGAAGUGGACGUGAGUGUAAAACCUCGCCUUGGAAUGUUGUUUAUGCCUUGUGAGCUCUUCACGAGCAAGACACUUGUUAAGCUAACGCUUGGAACACAAGUACAGUGCGACAUACCUUCAUAUGUAUCACUUCCAUCGCUUAAGAUUCUCAUCAUCGAAACGAUUUUCUUUGAAUCUAAAGAUCUCAGUGAUGUGCUGAUCGCUGGUUGCCCUGUGCUUGAGGAGUUAUUUGUACGUCACGAGGAGAGGGAGGCACACCCAUAUUACAUAUCGAGUCGGACCAUCGAGAAACUAUCAGUUCAAUACCGUGGCUGUGAUGUUUAUUAUGAAAGUGGUUUGUCAUUUGACGCCCCAAGUCUUGUCUCCUUCGACUACUCGGACCAUGCCUUGUAUGAGUACACACCGGUUAACUUUGGAUCCCUAGUUGAAGCUCGUGUGGAUAUUCGUUAUAAUAGAAAGAUCGUUAAGCCGGAUAUAUCGGGUCUCAUGAUAGGAAUAAGUAACAUCGAGACUUUGCAUCUUUCUCCAGCUUCCGCUGAUACGAUUUCUCGAUGUGUUAGUAGACAUGGACUACUUCUACCAAUGUUCAACAACCUGGUUAGUUUAUCUUUUGGGAGUAACAAUCAACGAGGUUGGAAACUGCUUCCAUAUCUGCUUAAGAAGUCUCCAAAGCUUGAAACUCUAAUCAUACAGAGUCUGAAUACAAGCGAUAUCCUUAUACCUCUGAACCAAGUGAAGGUGUUGCAUAUCCUUGGUUAUCAAGGAACUGUUCAAGAGUUGAAACACUUGAAGAGUUUUAUUGGGAGAAUGCAAUGCCUCGAACGUGUGCGACUGGAGCUUGCGGAAGGUGUUGUAGUAGAUGAUGGCAAAAUAUUGCAAUUACAUAGUGAUACAGUAACCGAUAGAAUAGGAACGAUUGUUUAG